CACACACACACACACACAUCUAUCACACACUCUCUCCUUUUCUUUCACAAACACAUACACACUUGCAACGGAGUCCACGAUGCGUCCGGGUGCGCGGCCACGGCUUUUGUGAAAGUGAGGGCGAUUGACGCUGCCCCUGUUCCAGCCCCCUUGGCUCACACACACCGUGUCUGUUUGCUGUGUUUAAGCUCGAGGUGCUGCUGGUGGUGGAGGUGUCGGAGGUGGUGUGGUGGGGUGGGCACUGCCGGGGCAAAGCGGGGGCACCGAAGAGGAGGAGGAAGAGGAAGACAAAGUGGAUCAGAUCAACAGCAGCAGACUGGAAAUGCCCGUCAGGUCUGAGUCUGUCACAUCCCAAGCCAAUCACAGCCUUCGUUAACAGCAGCGUCGGCACACAAUUGGAAAAAGGAUGGCAACCAUGCCAUUUGUCAGCGAGGGGAAAUGCGUAAGUGUGGAGUGGGAUUUCCUACAAGGACUACUUGCUAAGCCUCCCACCCUACCCUGUCUCCAGAACCUGCGUAAAGAGAAAUCUCGCAAUGCGGCUCGUUCUCGGCGGGGGAAGGAGAAUUUUGAGUUCUUUGAGCUGGCCAAGAUGCUGCCACUGCCCGGGGCCAUCACAAGCCAGCUGGACAAGGCUUCAGUCAUCCGCUUGACCAUCAGCUACCUGCACAUGCGCACCUUUGCCAGCCAGGGGGACCCACCGUGGAGCCCUCUGCUGGAGGGGGACAGCAACUGCAGCAAAGUUAGACGAUCAUCUCAUUCUCUGGCCACUGACAUGUUUGAGCAGCACUUGGGGGCACACCUUUUGCAGUCUCUAGAUGGCUUUGUGUUUGUGGUCAGUCAGGAGGGACGUUUCCUCUACAUCUCAGAGACAGUUUCUAUUUACCUGGGGCUCUCACAGGUGGAGCUGACCGGCAGCAGCGUGUUCGACUACAUCCACCCAGCGGACCACGUCGAGAUGGCAGAGAGGCUAGGAAUCAGGCCCCAUCUGCGAGCCGAGGCUGGCUGUCACACUGCCCCUGAGAGCGCUUCCAGCUCUGCAUCCACCUCAUCCCUAGCUGCAGCUCCAUCUAGUCCUCAUUCUCCUGCUGACGAUCCUCCAGACCGUGGCUUCUUCAUCCGUAUGAAGUCUACACUUACAAAAAGAGGCCUGCAUGUCAAGUCUUCUGGCUACAAGGUAAUCCAUGUAACAGGACGAAUCCGCUGCCGCCCUGCACUUGUUCCGGGCUCCACACGCUCUGUCCGUCGCCCGAUGGGUCUGGUUGCACUGGCUCACACGCUCCCACCCUCCACACUUAAUGAAGUGCGCAUGGAGAGCCAAAUGUUUGUCUUCCGAGUGAACAUGGAUCUCCAGGUUACAUAUUGUGAGAACAGGAUCUCGGAGUAUAUGGAUUUGACCCCAGCAGAGGUUGUGGGACAUACUUGUUAUCGUUUCAUCCACGUUGAAGACCUGGAAAAUCUCCGGCAGAGCCAUGAGGACUUGUUGAGGAAAGGCCAGGUAGUGACAGGUUACUAUCGCUGGCUGCAAAGGAGAGGAGGCUACCUGUGGAUCCAGUCCACUGCCACUGUCUCCAUCAACCACAAAGCCCCCCAUGAACGCAACGUCAUCUGGGUUAACUAUGUCUUGAGUCGAACAGAGUUGCCUGAUACUCCCCUGGAUCUGCUCCAACUACCAGAAAGCUUAAGAGCGGAGCGUCUUCGAGUUAGCUCGCCCCCAACUGAAAGUUCCCCACAGAUUCGAGGUCCACAGCCAGUGAAGAGCUCAGCGGGAAAGACUGACCCUGACACUAAAGGCAGAGAGAAAUUCACCACCUCUUCCAUCCAAUCAGAGGACAGGAGGAAACGCUCACUUAGGUCCGACCCAGCUGGUGCACCCCCCGAAAGCCGUCGUAGACUAGAGGAGCUUCAACACGCAGAAGAGGCUGUUUCAGCCUCCUCAGACCUGGCGAGCGAAAGCGACGGAGAGGAGGAGGAAGAAGCAGAAUGGGACCAGGGGGGAGAUACUGACAGAUUAAAACAGGAAGACAGUGGGGGAGGAGGUAAACAGAGCAGGGAAGGAGACACCCCAACUAGAGGGGAGAGGACAGGGAGGGUGCACAAUGGCCGGGCAGUGAUCCAGCAGCUGAAGAGUGUGGUGACCCCAUCUCCCUUGCCUGGCAGCCCCAGCAUCAAGACUGAACAUGAAGUCCUAACCACCGGAGGGCGCUGGGGAUCACACACACAAACGUCCACUGCUCAUACACACACCUCUCAUCCCCAGCCGUCACAUCCGCACACUCCUUCCAGCAGCCUGAACGGUGACAGCCCCACAACCCCAAUCCCUGACUCCUCUUCCAGCAGUGAAGCCCCACCAAAAGGCUUGUUCACUCCUCCUUCCCCCUCUUUGUCCCCUGCCAUGUCCAUACCCUCCCCAUUGCCUCGUGAGGAGAGGGUUGUGUCCGGGGUGGUCAGUCGCAGCAGUGGCGGUAGCAGCAAUACAGGUAGCGGCCCUGACUUUGAGCUACUCCAGAGACUGGCUGCAGGUGGUGCAGCAGGGCGGGUCCUCUUCCACCCUCUAGCCCUCGGUCCACAGGGCCCUCAGAGCCUGUAUGCCCCGAGCACUAUCCGCUACGCUCCACCCGAGCUACCCCCCUCCCACCACCACAGUGCAGGACACAGUGAUGGCCUGCAGCUUCGCUCAGACCACCACAAGGGAGCCCCACCGGCCUUCUUCCCCCACCUACAGCGGCUGGCCGGCCUGCCACCCUUCAGUGGUUUCACCCCAUCUGACAGCCCUUUCUCCUCUGGCCUGCCUUUCUGUAUGAAUGGACUGAGGGGGGCUGCUGGGACAGAGGAGGAUUGAGUCUAACUGGAGGAGGUGAGAUGAGAAAAUAAAAAUGAAGGAUGGCGUUAAGUGACAAAACAGACAAAGAGUUGUUGAAAAGGGCAGGAGAGACAGAAAUGGCAGGAUAUUAAACCUCUAAGGACAUUACUAAUUGGACAAUGAGCUGAAUAACUGUAAUCUAAAAUAUGUGACAAGCUGCUGCCAUAGAAUUUACUGUGGACAAGUGACAGUGACUCUCAGAGAACACGGGACAUGGAAACUUUUGACUGGCUGUCCCUCAAGACUUUUCGUCUCCACAACAAUAAUGAACUCUGCUCUGUGUCUUUCUCUAGAUGACUGUGUUGAUUUAUGUGUCUCUUCCACUCAGAGAAGCCAUAAUGUAUAUAAGGACAAAACCAUGAAAACCCUCAGCUCACAUCCUUGUUACUUUCAGCCCAAUUAACCCAAUUAACCCUAAAACCAGACGAAAGAGGUGGACACUUGCCUGUCAGGAUGAAAGCGACUUUGGAAUAAAAAAAUUUUUUUUAUCAUUGCAGUAUUACACAAAUUGUCUCUUACACUGAGCUCCAGGUGAGAAUUUAAUUAUAGGCUUUCCUUUAAAAUAGAUGGAGACAGCCUUUUGUUGUUUUGUAUUAAGACUCAAAAUAAUUAUAGAUAAUAAUAAUAAAAAAAUUAUAAAAAAAAAAACAUUCAUCAGUCAGCCAUACUUAAAGCACACUGAUGGGACAUGAGUAUGAGUAACGUAGUCCCAGACAUUCCAGUAUAUAUAAGGGAAAAUGCAAUGCAGACAGGAUUUUACUUCUGUUAUUUCAUAAUAGGACAGUAAUAUGUUUAAAUGAGUGUCAAUUAUAGUAUAUUCUUUAAGAUGCUGCAGUUGUGUUUGUGUAUGAAAGCCAUAUUGUUUUUUUUAUUAUUUGUAUUGAUUUUUGUUUCAAACACAUGGAUGCAAGGUGUUGAAUAUAUCAAAAUACACACAGUAACUUAGUUAUACUGGAUGGACUCUAUCAUCUGAUGUUUUUUUUCUUUGUUAUUGUUUUGUUUUUUUUAAAAUUGCCUAAGAAAAUAUAUUUCUGAAAAUGUUUUAGGAGGGAGUAAUGGUGGUGGACAUAAGUGUUUUUAUCACCUAGACCUCUGUGUUUUUAUGAGCACUUACUAAAAUUUGUCCUGCUGUGUACUCAAAGCACUUCAUUGACUCGGAUGUGUGAUCCUGUUAAAACAGAAAACAAAGCAGAAGCAGUCACUAAUGUUAUAGCCAACCACAGUGCAACAGAGUGAAAAAAUGCUCAUUUGACACAAAGAUGACAUGUUACCAUUAAAAAUAUGACCGUCAGAGGUCAAUAAAACAGCAGAAUUAUUCUGAGACAAGGUUCAGUCCAAUUCCAAAAGUUGGAAAUAAAGUUUUUGUAUCAUAACAACUGAAUAAACUGCUGAGAAAAUGUACCCCGAAUUAUUACAAUUAAAAUGAAAAAAAAAAAUGCAACCAUUUUCAAGCCAGACACACUCAAAAGAAGUGAGUUUAAAGUAUUAUGAUAAAUGUAUAUUAAAAACCAUUCUAGCACUUUGAAAUAAAUUCUUUUAAACCAAUCUAUCAAAUACAUAGAAAUUUAUGUAAUCUGUUGACGUUUCUGGCACUUUUUUUUUUUCCUUACUUUUUUUUCAUUGCCUCUAAAUUGAGAUUAUAGUUGAUAUGUGAAAAACUGAUGUUUAUGUUCCGAUGUCUGGCAGGAUGAAAAGAGGAGAGAAAAUAGUUUGGAUAUGGUGUGUGCAUCCAUUCUGUAGCUGCCAUAUACAAACACUGCACGUGUGUCUGUGAGCCCACGCAUUCUCGGGCGUUUACUGGUUUAAAAUGCUUGUAUGAAUGGGCGAGUGUGUGUCUGCUUGCGUGAAGGUGUCCUCUGUUUUGUUUUUGUUGUUGUUGUUGUUGUUGAAUAAAACAGCUAACCCCCUUGCCCAUCACUGUGAAUCUAACAUUAUCUUCCCAUGUUUGUGAAUACUUCACCCACCUAUCAAAUGAAAUGAACAAGUGUAAAAAUAAAAACAGUGAUACAGAUGAUGAUAAUAAAAUAUUCCAGUAGAGGAGCACAACUCAA